AAACAUUAUAGUUAGCGUUUUUUCAUCACAAUCAUGAUAAAAAUAAUGUAAAUUAAUAAAAAUCAAACAUGCCGAAGAGGAAGUCCCAGUCUAGUGAUGAUCUGGACAGCGAUUUAUCCGUACCACUGCCUAUGCAGACAUUUUUCUGGAGGCAAACGAGUCCAUUUAUCCGUCCUAAGCUGGGAAAGCUUUGUGAUGCAUCAUGCAUUUCAUUUGAAAGAGUUGUUGUGCAGAACAUUCUUCAUGGACAAUCCCUGAACUUAUGUGAGGCUAUACAGAGUGUGUCAAGAUGGAAAGUUAUACAGAUUGCCUUCCCUCAUGUGAUGCAUGCAUGUGCGGCGCUGCUGGAAAACCGUAAACAGAUGCACCCUGGGGCCAAAUUUUCCAACAGUGAGACCAAGUUACUAUACACCCUACACUGGAUAAUCCUAGAUGCUGCUUCUGAAUGUGAAGACAACGCAACUAUCUCCGAUACCAAGCCCUUGAUCCCAGCUGUGUUGUUACAUCCAUUGAAGACCAUUCAGUUAUUUGUGUAUUUGUUUGCCCCAUUGGUUAGCACCCUAGAAGACUCGGAUUUUCAAUCGCUGAAGUUAGAGAAUGGAUUAAGGCUAUGGCAGCCACUAUGGGAUUACCAUCAGCCUGAUGUCCCAUGCUUUUCUACUCCAGUCAAACCACAGAGAAAUGUUUUAAAGGCACAGAGGAAUUUAUUGAAAGUGAACACAAAUGCUGCAAAUAUUUACAUAGGAAAAGGAACGUCGACGGAGAAUUUGCGAUUCGUAUCCCCAUUUGAUACAGAAAGUGUACAGUCUACUGAAAGUGAAGUAUCACCAACUAGACUGGCACCUCUUGCCAGAAUGAGUGAUAGUGACUUCUGUUUUAUGUCACAGUCUGAAUGCCAGUCUAUAUUUUCAGUGUGCGAGUUCUGUAGUAAUGUGAAGACAAGCCGGGCCAAUGAAGGUCCAAGUACAUGCAGAUGUGGCAGGAAGAACAGUUAUGUUGAUGUCGGGCCAGAGAACAGGCAGAGCAUUUUAGAGAAGCUAGGAUCUUUAGACAGGGAUUUUCAGAAGAAUAGACUGGCAAGUGCUGCAAUGAGUGGUAUUAAAGGUGUAACUGAUGUCGACAUUCUUAGUGCGAGCUAUUUUGAUGUCGCUGUUUUACAGUGUUUGUUUUGCCUUCAAUGGUCGGUUGAUGGUGUUCACUGGGCAUUAAAGUACAUUCAUCAGCGUCUACUGGAAAUAUCAGAUGAACUUUUGCAUAGGGAUAUACAAGACCGGGAAAGAAGUCGAUCAUUGCCUUUUGCAGAACCAAUAUUACUUCGCUGUAACAGUAUCCCCUCACAAUCUUCCAGAUCAAAAGAAUCGUAUGUCAUGGGAAUACCAAAGUCUGCUAGUAGUGCUUCACAGAAAUUUGCCUCCAUGUCCCCAGAUUUAUCAACCAUACAUUCUGACUCAGAACCAGCCUCUCCGGCUAUAAAACCAUUUUUAACAGAACUACGCAGGGAACCACCAUUCAAGAAAGUGUGUAUGGUGGAACUUAGACAAUAUCCGGACAGCUCAAAAGCUUAUGUAACACGUAAAUCAUCCCCUUCAAGAUCUGAAACCUCUCCAACCAGGAUUGCUUUUAAGACCAAAUUAGAUCAGUACCCUCUCCCUAGGACACAUAGAGAAUAUUCUAGUAUGUACAACUGGAAUACAAACAGGGGUAGAGCAUCUGUAGAUAUUUCUGCUAAACAGUCUACCGGCAAGGACAAACCUGUGAAAACCAGUCAAAGUUGGGACACUGACUUGGUAGCUUCUAACAACAAAUUUGCUGCUACACCUUCCCCGGAUCAGGACUCCGAGGCCAGCAGUCAGCACAGUAGCAAUGAUUCAUCCAGUUUGUCUCAUGCAGGAGACACUGCUUUUGGGGGAACGACAAGUACAAGAUUUGGGCCUGCAGGGAAACCAAUUAUAACUAUAACUGCUGAUACACCACAGAGAACAAAACCAACAUGGCCGCAAGUGUUUGAUUUCUCCAAACAAGACAUUGCUGAAGUAGAGGGAGCCGAGGGUGGAGAGGAACAAGGGGCAGGACUUUCUCGAAGUAUGACAGAUUCUAACAUUUGUUACCAGCAAGAGGAAGAAGUCCAUGAAGUACCAGGCUCUGUUCACUAUAUUCAAAAAAAUGGUCACCUGAACUAUAAAGUUAUUCUACAGGCAAUACAUUUUGUCUCGAAAAACCAGAAUGGAGAAAGAAUCUGUGAAGUGUCCCUUAAUUUAUUGAGCUGUCUGUUUGACUUGGAUAUAAUAGAAAGGAAACGUGACAUGGACAAGCUCUCUGAAAUGGAGAAGAAAUCAGAAGAUGAGCAAUCAACGACUACUGACAGUGGGAAACCUGAGAUAACAGCCUUUGAUCUAGCCAUGGACAGUGUUAUCAGUAUAUAUAAGUCACUUGGAUGCCCUCACGGUUGUGGUGAUGGAUUAAGAGGUCGCCAUGGAGAUCUACUCCGACAGAAAGGUCACAACUGCUUACAGCGACUACAGAAGUUAAAUCCUCCAUUAUUUAGUAGUUAUAUGAAGGAAACCGUGAAAUCCAGGCCAAUACAAGAGGUGGUGGAUUUCUUCCAUGCUUUCCUUGGAUUUUGUGUUGAUCCAGCAUACCUUUUACAACCUCAACAAACUUCAAAGAAAACUAGCACAGUAUCUGGAACAGCUAGCCCCACUUCACAAGCUUCAGGUCACAGAAAGUCGGCAUCACAAGAAGCUCUGGUCAACAGUGGUUUUGCCAACAACUUUGGUCACAGUAUUGGAGGGGUGGGGUAUAGGGGCGUGGAGGGUGUGCUCAUGUCUAACAGUAUGAAGACUUUCAUCUCUAGAUGUGUAGAAAGUACUAAGGAAUUAUACAACAGUGAUAAUAUUAGUAUGUUCUGCGAUGUCCGCCAGUUGAUUACAUAUUUCAAAGAGAUCCAUGGUGGGACAUUCAGAAGAGUUGCACUCAGUGGCCUUCUAGACUCGUACUUUGAUGUGAAAAAUAGAGCAGAACAGGUGAAGGAGGUGGCCACUCCCAUGUCUCAUCCUAUAAGUCGGACAACAUCCGUGACAUCAGAAAGUGGGGAUGAAAGAGAUGCUCAGAAAGCAGCCACUCUCAGUAGCAUAGCAACAGAACUGAAGGAUCAUGGGAAAUCUAGAAAAUCUAUAUUCAGAAAGAAACUGAAAAAGCAACUGAUGUUACAACAGCAGUACGCUGCCAGUGACUCGGAGAUCAUAGAUGACCUUGUAUUUAAAGGGAGCCCAAGGGCUAGUUUGUCAGCUACAGAGGAUGAGACUCCCUCUGGCACUGUCACACCUCGAAGAAAAUUCAGCAAAUUUCAUAUUGGUUGGAGGAAACCAAAAUCUGACCAUGAAGAGGACAGCCCUAGUGACCAGAGUCCUGCAGAUGUCAGUAAAAGUGACAGUAGUUUCCAGCGACAUGCUAGGCGAGGAAAGAUGUCAUUUAAAACAGCUAGCCAGGCAACUCUCACCUUCCUCAGUGCCAGGAGAAGAAUUGAAGGUGGACUGAAGAGCCUUGGGAAGAAAGCUCACAAAGCAGAUCAAGCUAAAGAUAUAAAACAGAGUCACACUGAUCUUACUGAAGAUACAGAUGAUGUUGGUCUAGUUAUGAGAGAAAAGAGAUUGGUAGAUAGAUUUAUCAUCAAAUCUGGAAUGUUACGCUUCAAUUUUCUCCUAGAAUGUUGUCAUCCUGGCACUGUGCCAGAUCCCCAGCUAGUUGCUGCCAUGAUACAACUUGAUGCCCCAGUGUCUGCUCGAGCUACACUAUUGUUAGAAUGUGCCCACUUUGUACAUCGGUGUAACCAUGGUGACUGGCCUAACUGGAUGCGUCUUAACCUACCAAGUUUCCGACACUCCUCAUCUGCCCUCCAUUCCCGAGGCCAACCCUCGGGAUACAGGAGGACACUGAAUCUACAGAAGGCUGCAGGAAGACUCUUCUAUGCUUGGGCAGAGAACUUGGGUUAUCAGUUAGAGUAUAUAAUGGCGAAGGAACAGCAGUCUCAGCUUAGUCAUGUAGAGGUAGUCCAUGAUGAAAAAAAGAGAAGACAACUCCGUAUUGAAGAUGAUAUUGAAGAUUUUCUGGAUGAAAAUACAGUUAAUGCCAAUGGUAACAAUUGCCCAUACGCUUUGAAGAUGUUAGCCUGCCUUGUACUUGAAGAGAUCACAACAUUCUUGCGUGAGACAUUUCAGUACCUACCACGUAAGAAGCACAAGCUGGAGCCUGGCUGGGACAAACAUCUGACAUCUCGUAGAUACAGCAGUAUUAUCUCUAGUCCAGGUCACUCUGAUAAAAGUUCAGAGUCUAAUGUUGGUGAUGUUCCUCAACCUUCUCCUGGUGGAGCUAUGGGUAGCCCUGGGGACAGAAAAAUCAGUUUUGCAGUACAGAUGGAGAGGUCUGACUCCCUGAAUAGCAGUCAAACAUCACUGUCCAUAGAUCCUAUGGCAUCUCCACAUACACCAGUGGAGGAAAGAAAAGGUCGAAGGCUUGCACAAGGCCGCCAAAAAUUGUUGAAGCAUAUACGGCGUGGGUCAACACAUAACACUAGUUUCAGCAACAAAAACAGAAGUUUUCGUCUCCGCAGACAGGAAGGUGGAAGUAUUAAACUCUAUGGUAGUAUAAAGUCACGUAAAGUAAGUAGUCAGUCAAUACACUCUGACAGUAAGUUUAUGGAUGGUGAGCCGAGUUGUGAGGAUCUGGAAUCAAUGACAAUAUUUAAUGAGGAGGCACAAGAGGCCGCCACUGAAGACCAGCAAGAGAUCGAGGAUGAACGCAUGUUUCAAAAUAUGCCCUGGAUCAAGGUUGUGAUACAGUUGUCAAAUAUGUCCAACUUUAUAUGUCCCCACCAAGGAUAUUGUCACCCAGACUGCUAUGAAAGACAGAGAAGAAGUUGUUCCCGGCUUGUGACAGCUGUGAAGAAAAUAUAUGAGUCAACAGAAGAGGAACCGGUCAAAGAAUCUGAGAAGAAACUUGACCAGAGGAGAGAUAUGAUGAAAGAAAAAUUUAAAAGAAGGGAGUCAAUAUUCCAGCAAGCAUCACCAAUCAAAAGAAGGGAGAGCACUCCACUGCUUGAGAAGAUAAAGACAGAUGUUUCCAUAGUGAAACAGAAAUUGACUAACUGGAAGAAACCAGAAAAGCCCAAGGAGAAGAAAGAAGACUCGCCCAUGGUUAAAUAUAUCAUAUCACAGUUUUUAUAUUUUCUAGGCAAAAAUUGACAAUGUCCAUUGAUUUUUCUAACUAAAGCUGCCCCAAAUAUUAGCUGGGGAUAAUUUUCCCUUGAUAUCCCUUUUGCCUGGGAACUGAUAUGGGAGAUGACCAGGAAGGUCUCUGCUGCGGCAGCCACAAUGUUCCUGAUAGCAUCAGUAAAGGCAUCAGAGAAAGCCCAGACUAUGGUGUUUAAAGAGCUGCAACAUGAAGAUCCAGUUAUCAGAACAAAUGCUGUACUGAGAUUUGGUAUACUAUGGAAGUUCAGGCAUCAAGUCUGGCCAAGAAUGGAGGAAGGAGCCCAGCUUCAUUUUAAGGUUCUACCACCAGGAAUAGAUUUCACCUUGCCAUCUCCAACUAUAGGUCUGCCAAACCAGGUACCAGUAGAUCCGCCCUGGAUACCACACUUUAAGGCUAAGAUAGAGGAGGUUACUGUAAACCAAGACCAAACAAAAUCCCUUGUAACUGCCACUACGACCAGACGUAAACAGCAACAGGAAAUGAUAAGGAGAGCUCUUCAGCGUGAGGAGGAGAGAAAGAGGAUUGGACGAGAGACGUUUCCAAUGACAACAGUAUCUGUUACACAGCUAGCAGCUCUAGAGCCGUCUUUACAUCAUGUAGGGGAAGACCAUGAGGAAGCUUUGCAAGAGGAGAUAAAUUUGGCAGCACGUCGCGUGUCUUUCGCCCCCAUGAAUCGUAACAAUGUGACUAGCCGAAGCAUGUCGUGGAGGACAAGCAGUAUGCAUUGGGCACGACUAACAACCUUGCAAGGUGAUGAGGAGAGACAAGAACACGGUCAUCAUGUAUUGCUGGCUCAGACAUUUUUCCCAUCAUCCAUCUGUGCUGUUGUGUUACCCAUAAUACAUCUGCUAGAAGAUGGAGAAGUCAGUGACGAUGGUGUAGCUGUAUGUGAGGUGGCAGAGAAGAUUAUCUGGAAUUGCCUGGUGGAAGACCCUGUCUUAUUUAUGAGACAUUUCCUUGAGAAACUUACACACAAAGAUAAACAUGAGGAGUUACUGUUCCUGUUACGUAAAUUGGUGAUGUUUUACAGAGAAUUACCCUCACAGAUGGCACACUCUCUGUUCAAUUACUUGAUUGGGUAUGUGAUGUUUUAUGUAAGAACACCACAGACAUAUGGACAGGAAGCUAUUGCUGGUGCUCUGGCAUUACUGUGGCAGAUAGUUCCAAGUGUUGAGGGCAUUUACUUCAAAGAUCUUAAACAGACAUUGAAGAAGGAACAGUGUGAUCCAAACAUUAUGAUAUCAGCUAAUGUUCCUAGUGCCAAGAAGAUAAUUGUACAUGGACCAGAUCUUACCAGUAUACCUUCACAAUUCCCUGUUCAUGAGGAUACACAGUUCAAUGUAAUUCAUCAGGACAGUUUAGAUUUCUUCAACAUACCAGAGGAUGAACAGAAUUCUUACUUUCUUGUUGAUACCAAGUCUAAUCAAAUCCACAACAUGAACUCCUAUGUGCGAGACUUUUACUUCUUCCGACGUAACUUUUAUCCCCAGCUAAGCCUUGUACACAUGGACCCUGAAGAGGCUCAGGAGAAUCUACAGAAACAAGCUCUGCUUCUGAAGUUUGGGGAGAUAGGGAAAGUCUUGUUUACAGUAUCAGUGUUACAGAGUACAAGCUCUCACCAGCUUCAGAACCACAUAAGUUUUCUACAUGAAGAGUUAAACAAGUUGCCAUCAUUCCCCAGGAAGGCUCUAGAUGCCGAGUUCAGUCUUUAUGAUGGUAGUCUGGGAAAGGAACUGUUUGGAUUAGAUACUCUUCACAAAUUCUCUUGGGUGAAGUUGAUGGAUAAAAUGUUCUCAUUAAUGAAUAGCACAUUCAACUGGUCGCAGGAUCUAUGUUUGUUCCUGAAUGUGAUUAAUGGAUGUAUAAUAUUACAUUGUGAAGACUCGGCCCUGCUCAGAUACAGUCUAGCCACACUUCUCAACACAUGUAUACACUUCAAACAAAUAUUCUCAAUGAAUGGAUUCCUGAAUGUGGUUCCUACUUUACUGAGGACAUAUAGUAACCACCAACCAAACCCUGUCAUCUGUAAGGCUAUACAGUUUGUGUGUAAACAAUUCUACAUACUACAUAGGAAACCAUUUAUGUUACAGUUGUUUGGCAGUACUGCACCAAUAUUGGAUUUCCAGUCUUCAUCAACUGGUUUAAAAGACACAACCAAGGUACAACCAGAUUGCUUGUUUGAUUUACUGUUGUCUCUAGAAAAAGAUGUUCCGGACAUGCUGUCUAUAUUGGAUAUAGUUAAUUGGGAGAAACGGUUCAAAGCUUUGGAUUUUUGUUAUGAGAAUGAGCCCGACACUUUCAAUUUGAUAGAUGUUAUAGACAUGUGUGUAACAGUGGUCGUGUAUUCCCCAGACUCCUUCAGGAGUGUACAGAUGCUGACAACUUUGGAGACAGUACUGCCACGAUAUUUAGAGCAUAUGAAGAAUGAGACAAACAAGAAAGAUAACCCACCAGCUGCCAGGGCCGAGAUAAACAUGAUCAGUAAUAUAGGAUCAUCAAUCAGGGCUCUCAUCACGUCAUGUGAUUUCUUCUCCAGAAGUAUGAGUUUACCUCUACGUCAACUUGAAGCAGAGAAAUCCAGUACGAAAGACAAAGGUCGAGGUGGGUCCCCUGUAGAGACAAGUGUAUUUUAUGAUGAAAGAGAGGACUCUACAUGCGGGCAUAUGGAGGAAGGCAGAAGUAGAAAAGGGACACACUACGACCAGGACGACGAGGAUCUUCAGAUGAGAAACGAUUUCCGUAAACCUCGAGACAGUCUACUCAAUGUAAUAGCAGAGUUCUAUUCUACCUGUCAGCCAAGACUGCGGGAGCUGAGGAAAAUACUGGCAGAUCCUUCUUUCAGACCACCAGAACUGCUGGAUCAUAAGUCUCAUAAUAGAUUAGCUGAGAUAGCGCAUACAUUUUUGAAGUUGGCACCUUAUGAUUCAGAAACCAUGGGCUGUGCUGGCAUGCAAAGGUAUAUGACAGAGAUUUUACCAAUCACAGACUGGUCCCAGGAGCCUGUCAGACCUGCUCUCAAUCUUAUACUGAGACGUCUGGAUAGACUCUUCAGUAAACUCUCCAAGAACAAGAACAAUCUCAAGAGAAAAUGUGACUGGGAAGCUGCUGCUAAUCUGCUUAAAGGUGUAUUCAUGACAUUGAGGAAAUUCCCUUACAUUGCACAUUUACCACAUUUAAAGACUCUGAUCAACAUUUUGAUAACUAUAGUCUUGUCAAGUGGCUCUCAGACCGUGAUGGAGAGUUUACCAGGAAUGGGCGUGUUUAGGGCGGAGAAUAGUAGCUCUAUAAUCCCACCCAUUUUCUGCUCGGAGGUUGUCAAGCUGGUUGCUAUGCAGAUGCAAGCACUAGGGUAUACAGGCUACUACGGGUGGAUCCGAGCUGAACUCAUGCUACAAACCAAUAAUGUAAGAGCACGCACAUAUGUAUAUGCUGCAGUUUAUAUAUAUAUAUAUUUUCUCCAGAAUGUAUAUGUUGUGUAAAUAUUGUACUUUGACUGCUGCCCUGUACCAAAUAUAUAUAUCUAUAUAAUUAUGUAUUAUAAUGUUCCUAUGUAUAUAGACAUAAUCCACUCCUGUGAUAAUUAAAGUGAAUGCUGUAUAUUAGUUUUUAGAUGAUGUGAAUAUUGAAAAUAAAAUUAUGUAUACAUUAACUCACUAUCCCAAGUCCAACUUCUCCUUUACAUCAAUUGCCCAUUUCCUGUCAGUAAAUUGCCCAUAUGAUAUGUUUGAAAAUUUACCAUAUCCAUGUGUAAAAUCCAAUAACUUCUCUACCAAAACAACCAUUCGUUGAACCUGAGUGUAACUCUUCUGUCUACCUUAGUGUAACUCCUCUUCAGUCCUUAUGUUUCCCCCUUACAGAAGGAAUUAUGAAAUAUCUUGGUAUUUUUUUACCCAGUCAAUCUGCCUCUGUCUCAAUUGAUAUCUAUUCAUUAGUUUAAGUACCAUAUGACCAAGAGCCAUCAAAGUUCGUUUCAGGUUUAUUUAUCUAUAGACACAUCAGUGUCACAUGACUUUUAGUAUGAGAAAUGUUCAUCUCAUUAAUUGGGGUCCAUAGCCUUGUUUACCUUUACUUAAAAGAGUGUCCAUAUUGCUUUGGUGUUGCUUAUUGGUAAUUUGUGCAAGGUAACAGUUCUUGCUGUUGUGAAAAGAUGUUUUCACUCAAUAGCAUAAAGUAUCAUUGACCUAUAACCUUCAAACUUCAUAGACAGUCAAUCUAUGUUGAGCAGAAGAUGACAUUGGAUCGGGGACAUUAUGGCAAAUUCAAGGUCACAUCGUAUUUGAAAUUUGAUUCUAAACUUGAUAUAAUCCACCUUCUUCUAGAUAUGUAUUAUAUUAUCUCUGAACAUUUGCAGGGGUGGGGAUAUAUAUUGUAUUUUAUAGUAUUUCUUUAACUAAAGAUUUCUCAUCAAAUCUCUUGGAAAUAAAAUUCUCUUCCUUAUUUUUUACAGUUUAAUAAGAUAAUUGAUAAGGAUCUGUUAUUGACAGCUACAAACAUCUGUUCCUGUAGGCAGAAUGAACAAAAUUAAAUCUUUGCUCCAAUCCUUAAAUUUUUAGUAAUCUCCUGUGGGAUAGGGGAAGGAGAUUAUAGGAAUGACCUCAGCAACAUCCAAUUCCUACCACCAAGGUCAAGGUCACUCCAAAAGGUCAAAUGUAAAAAAAAGUCAUCCUUGAGACUGCUUUUUUGCAUGCUGAAAAGUUACUGAUCAUAAUGAAUAUUGCUGCAUAUUUAAUGAAUAAAAAAAGAAAAAAGAAAAACCUGUGUUUGUGACCAGAUCCAUUGAUUUUGUUUAAUGCCAGAAAUUUACAUUUUGCUGCCUAAUAAUUGGAAUUCUAUGGAGUAAUAUUCAGGAUAAAUAAAAAACCAAACAAAUUAUGAUGUGACUCAAAUGUUUCUAUGAACCAAUGAAAACUGUAUUAUGUUAAAUAUGCUUAAAAAUGCUAUAGCCUAAGUUAAUUGCAAUAGAAAAAGCUUGGUUAUUGAUAAUUUAUUUCUCGUUUUUUUGUACAUUUUCAAUUGAAAAAUUUAUGUAUAUUCAGUUGCCAUUCAUUAUGUGAAGCUAAUUGAUUAUGUUGUUUGU